AUGGUGAACGGAUUCGGUCCAACCGGCGUCGAAGGUUCGUUCCGGAGGUCCUGCGAAGCAACGUUGCGAGUGAUGAGAGAUAACAAGGACACAUUACUCACCGUUAUUCAAACAUUCGUCCACGAUCCGCUGUUGGAAUGGAUAAACACCGAGGCACGAGCUCAGCAGAACAAAGGGCGUGGUCAGUUGAAACUUCAUGCACCGUCGACGGAAAGUGUACAGUUGAUCCUAAAACGUCUCGAAGGCCAUAUCGUGUCCCCUGAGUCUGUCUAA